GUUGAAGCUAACCUAAAUAUGUGGCGGUAAAUAGGUGUUGUUAAGAAUUAUUUAUCAUAAUUAUUGUAAUUACUAACAAUAGAAAUUAAUAAAAGGUGUUAUAAAACAGUAUUAACAUCAUGACUGCUCCAACAGUUUGCUAUUGGAAGCAACUUUGGAGAUGGACAACGUCAAAUAGCUUAUCGAGUGAAGAACUAACAGCUGUGUUGGACAAAAAAGAGAUCAUCGACGCACUACGAGAGGGCCUAGCAAGUUACAAACCUGGGAAGAAAGAAGGUUAUGCUCAGCUGCAAACAAAACAUGCUGACAAAACUGUACUUCUCAAUGUCGUGCACACGUUACAGAAUUACAUGGACGUAGAUUGUUUUCAAAUAUGGGAAAUACUAAAGCACUAUCUCUGCGACAUAUCGUACGGCACAACAGCAAACGCUCUGAAGAAUGUUGCCUUUGUGGACACUCGCCCCUCUUAUCUCCUGCCAAAUAUAUGGAACUUCUAUUAUGCCGAAAGACUUUUCCUCCUUAAAUUGUUACAGUAUAUAUUGCAGCACAAAGAUGAUAAAAGCCACAAAUAUCAAAAACAGUUUAGUAAAAUAAUCAAUGAUAUAGGUUUGGAUAAAUUAAAGGAAUCUUUGAUAGAACAGUUUGAGAAGGUUUUGUAUACUGCUCCACCUCCGAGAAGAAUACAUAAUGAAUUCUCAAGUGACACAGUGAGGCAAGAAUGGGCAGAAUUCAAAUUGCGCGAGAAGGUAGCCUUACUGCAGAACAUACUGCUAUUGGCCGAUGAGAAGCCGUUUUCCGAUGCAGAUUUUAUUAAAUUGUUUUCACUGUAUAAGAAGCAUAAUUUUGGGAAGAAUUUGGGAUACAAUGAGCUGUUGGAGCAGGAGCAUAAGGAGCUCUGCAUGAGACUGAUGUAUCUGGAGACCUGUAUCUUCAUGGUGAUGCUUGCUAAGGUUGACAAAAGCCAGGACAAGUUACCAGCGUGGAUAGACAAAACAAAAGAAGUAGUGGAAUCUGAACUCACACAGCUGCAACUCAGCCCUGAGCACAGCCCCAUGCUAAUGGCCUGGAUGUUGCUCUUAUUACAAAGCAAUGAACAUGCAAAAUUGUUUGAGAGCCAAUACCACCACUUUGGUGCAACUGCACUCAAGAUGCGAUUAUUUGAAUUUCUGCAUGCAAUGCUAAGCAGCCCUGUGUUUUCUGAUGGCUCACCAUGCGCUACCCUGGCGCACCGCCACACCUUCCGCUUCCUCAACGCCCUCUGCGACCGUUUCGACGGCGACGGCACCAUCAGCAACCAGCCCGGAGUCAUGCCCCUCUGCUCCUUGCUACUAGAGACCGAGGAACUAGCCACUGAAUUCUGGACACUGAUGCAGAAGGAAGAGGGCAACGGGGUUGUGUCGUUGUGGAACACGGCGCUUGAGUUCUUCCCGCAUGACUUUGGAGCGCUGAGCGCGCUGUCGGCUGGGCUGGCGAAGGGUGGAGUGAAUAGUGUGAGAAAUCUAAUAGCCGAACUGAAAAGCCUCCCAGUCUACACUGAAAUCUACAACCCUAAUGCCGUCCCAAUAAUGGCUUUGAACGCCGAAGAGGCAGUCAUAGGCCGCGACCACUACCCACUAGGCGGGCCUACCUAUCGCAUUGAAGCCGGAUCUAAAGUCACUAUCAUGGAGAGAAAAGAAGGCACUAUGAUACAUUACAGAACGCCUUAUAGUUACUGGACUGUGUUGAAUAAGGUCAUCGAACAAGCUUUAGAUAGAAAAGGUCAUCAUCAGCAUGAUGUUUCAAUGACUUUACAAAGAGUGUAUGAAGGCACUAAAGUAUUAAAAGGAGUCUUAAAGGCCUUAGUGGAGUUUAAAGAGAUCCCUAAAGUGUUAGUGGAGCCGAGUGAAGGCGUGUUUGAUGUGCUGGUGCGGUUCAUGAAGGCUGAGACGCCGCCAUUGCCGCUGCUGGUCGAGUGUCUGGAGAUGUGCACGGCUUUGAUACCGAUGUUCCCUAAGGAGAUACAUAUGCGACUGAUAAACACUGGUCUUCUCCCGCGCAUAAUAAACCGCCAACUGUCCCCUGCUCAAUACGCAGCCGGUGAAUCCCUCGACUCGGCAGCCGCGGGCGCGUAUCUCGUCACUCUAGAGCAGCCCAGUGGCUCUUACAGCUUCCUGAGGGCAUACAUUGAGAUGCUCUGCACAUUCCACGAGGUUUGCGACGACGAACGCAUCUCUUCCGAGAUCAUCCUCCCCGGCGCUGUGCUGAUCCUUCGCGAAGUGUUCCCCAGCGUUACCGAGUGGCGAUACAGUAACGCAAGGGAACGCCGCUCGCUCCUACACCUGUGCUCAAAGUUUCUCAAUCUCCUGCUGCAACAGAGUAGCCGCAGUGUGGCCAAGGACACCUGUGUGUUUAGUCUGUUGUACACGGAGAACGCACUGGAGUUACUGAAGAUUGUGUCCAUUGGCAACAACCAACUGGAGCGCAUGAUACACGGUGAAACCAACUGGACAUCCGGCGAAUGCACGCAACACGUCACCACCGUCCAACGCUGCGUCGCCAUCAUAAUGUUCGCGUUACGCCUCAAAUCCACCGUCGCUUCUGCGAACGAAGUGACACCCCUGGAGCACCUAGUGUUUGCGCAGAAUACGCAAAAGGCCGCGCUGAGAGUGGUGCCUAGGGUUGCCAGUUAUAUCAAUCAUGCUUUCAAUAAGAGUUUGCCGGUACUGGCGUUCCGGUUGUUGAAGAAGUUUGCUCAUGGUUUUCAAAUGUCCCUCUUCGCCGCCCUCGAAAUGACGGCCUACCAGGUCAGAGUGAUGUUCCUCGACCGUCUCAGUGACAAGUACGAAACCACCGAGCUCAAGAUCGCCAUACUCGAGUUCGUGACGACUUGCAUCGGCAACCAGCCAGGGUUGACUGAGGCCUUCUUCAAUAUUUGCCAUGAGAAGACUGGGAAAGAUGAGAAGGUUCAGGUUAAGGCGGAUGACAGUGUGGAGGGCGUUUUGAGCUAUAUGGCGGAUUAUCUUGGGACUGUUAAAGCUGACCCAAAACUACUCGACAGCCCAUUGCUAUCCUGCAUCAUGGGCCUAUUCCAUGCUCUGUGGAAAAACAACAUGCAAAUUCUAGUAAAGAAACUACGCGAAAACCCUAAAUUCUGGGAGCACAUGACCAGCCCACUCUUCAGCGAAAUCCAACCGGGUCUCAACACUUACUCGCAAAUAUUCAACGUUCUCGGCAUCGAGUUGUUUGUCUCGCGAGAAAAACUAGAGCCUGGCUUCAAGGAUAUGCUUGAAAAGUUCUUUGAUACGAACAAGAAUUAUCUGGAUACGUGGAUUGACUACAUUUUCUCAUUCAAGUGCAGGGCUGAAGGAGAAGAAAUGGUCGACAAAGUACCAGUUUGGUUGAGUCUUUUGACGUCGUGGAAAGAUUUCACCACAAUUUUCUGUAAAUGCCUGCCUUUCAGUUUGAAUAUUGCGCAUAAAGCUAAAAUGGUUGCGCCUUGUAUGACGGCACUUUUAAAUGAACUUGACGAACUUAAAGAUGGAAGAUUAAUCGUUAUAUUAGCAGAGUUGUAUGUCAUCAUGCUUUCAAAUUGGAAGGAAGAUUGUUUUGAAAACCGAAAGGCAAGCGCUAAGCAGAUAGACAAUUUGCUCACAAACACAGCGAUAGUGUACGAAUGCCUACACCCGAGAGCUGUUCGCGCUAUUUUGUCUAUAGGAACUGUCGCUAUCAGUACUUUAGAUUACGAGAUCAAAGGCAACAGCGAUAUAGCACAAAGCGUUAUAAGAUCCGUCACAAACAUCAACAGUUUAGAACUGGAGAAACUAUUCGAUGAAAUGAAAGAAGAAUCAACGCCUAAACCAACAGAAAAGAACGAAGAAAUACCUCCGGUUGUUCUCUCUUUAGCCAUGCUCGAACAGUGCUUAGAGCUUUACGACAACAUGUCAGUCGCUCUUCCUCAGUGGUUCCAAUCCACAAGGUUCAUCAACAAACUGUUGUGCUGCCUUCAAAACUGCUUGCAUAAUCGCAGGCACUACCACACAUGCCUAGCCGCUCUACGAUGUCUAACAGCAUACGCGAGAGGACCUUUCACUAAUGAGCUACUAAUGAGUGAUGUCGACCAAUUUCUGUGGCUGAAGUUGUUGCCGCCUAAGUUUGAGAACGGGUCAUGGAAACCAGAGGAGUGGUGGCGUGUGUAUGGACACAGUUUGGAUUUUAUUUCCAUGAUGUUGAUGAAGCAUGGGCAGUUCUUCGCUGGAGACGCUAUAACCUUCGUUGGUGUACAUUUAGAGCACCUAGUGGAAGCCGUGUUGCUCCCUCGUCAGGUUGUGAAUAUGGAAUCGCUGAACCUGUGCGCUUCUACGCUGAAUUUAGUCGUGCAGCUGGUUAAAUACGAGUCAAGGUGGCGCAUAGAGAAUAUCAACUCUAUGAUGGCUAUUAUGAGGAGCACAAGCGCGUGCCUGUACCAAUGCGUGACGUUGGUCCUCCGCUCCCGCCGCUCGUCCGACCCGGCACUGCCUCCGCUGGACGACUACCAACGGUCGCCCACUAUCCUACACAGAAUCCUAGAGAUCCUUCACAUGGCGACCCUCUGCCUGCAUUCCUUCAGCCCCUCGCUACUCGCCCUACUGGCCGCGCCAGUAGACGUAGAACGCUGGCAGCCGCUAGUGGAACUGCACUUCGGCGCGCCCAAGAUCUCGUACGAGCCGUGCCCUCAGCUCACCUUCGGCACGCUGCUGGCGGCCGUGUGCAUGCUGACCAGGUCGCUGAACCAUGCGUACCACGCUGAGGAGUCAAGCGGCGCGCGCUCCCCGCGCGGGCGUCGGCGUGCUUGCUCCUGCAGCCCGGGCGAGCCGCGCCGAGCCAACCGCAGCGAGUCACUUACUAGCAUCUCGUCUCAGACUAGCGUCGGCCCGCUGCUGAAUGAUAGACUAGUCGCCGGUGCUUUAGAGGCUACCGCCACUCUCGCGGCAUCGCAGGCGCUCCUCGUAGUCCGCGACCCGAACGUGCCGUCCCGUCACAAGCAGCACGUCCGCCGCGAACUCGCCUCCGAACUCGCCCUGUUCCACGACUUCGUCCGCAAACGCAUCCUCUGCGGCGCCCAUUCUCGCUCGCACCUCGCGCGCAACCACCUCGGCUCAUGGCCCCUACCCGCCAACGAAGAAGAAUUCAAGAGAAUACAAGAAGUCAAACGAGAACGAAACCCCGCCAUGGACGAAGAAUCACUCCCCCCUCCGCCACCACCAAAGCGCACUUCGCAAGACUCUAUGCGCGAAUACAUUCUCCGAAAACAUUACUUAGACAAAUGCGCUCAAACACCCACUAAAGAACCUUCCCCCGUCUCACACUCCACUCCCGCCCCCGACAAAAAGAACACCUCUAGAAGCUCCAAACGAGUGUCCUGGGCGGAAACUACCACGAGCGAUGACAGCCUAGAAACGUCUUUAGAAGCAAUUGAACCCGUGUAUUCUAAUCUCACCGACGUACAGAUCAAUAACGAUGAGGAUUAUUUCCAUUUUAUGUCUGUUGUUUUCCUUUACAUUUGUCAGAAUGAAUUGUAAUGCGAAUGAUGAUAGUGUUAAGUUUUCUUUUAUUGUAUUUUUGUCGUAUAAAAAAACCGUUUUUUGACUA